CUACCAGAUGAAGUGUUAUGUCACAUUCUUUCUUUUCUCCCAACCAAACUAUCUGUUUCAACCAGUAUUCUCUCCAAAAGGUGGAGACCUCUCUGGCGUUCGGUUCCAGCUCUGGACUUUGACUACUCCUGUAACCACUUGAAUAAAAUAUCAGCCACAUUUCUUUCCAUUUCCAUGUGCACAUUCAUACUCUCCCGCAAUUUGGAACAGCCCAUUCAAAGAUUCCGACUCACAAAUACUUCUUUUGGACAAAUGACUGAUUGUGAUUGUUAUCAGAUAAAGUCAUUUGUUAGAGCUGUUGGGUCAACAGGCAGAGUUCAACAUCUUGAUCUUACUCUCUGUUAUGCUUUAAUUGAUAUUUCAUCUGACUUUCUUUUCUGCAAAACUCUUAGGGUUCUCAAAUUAAAUAUGGUGACAUUAAAAUCCCUUCCUUGGGUUGAUUUUCCCUUACUUAAAGUCCUGCAUCUUCAUGAUAUUAAGAUUUUAGAUGGUAAGGCUAAUCUGGUUCCACAAAUUCUUUCUGCGUGUCCUAAAGUUGAGGACUUGGAAGUGGAGGAUGCAUUUGACGACUAUGAGGCUAUAGACGAGUAUAAACGAUUGCCUAAGUUGUUUAGAGCUGUUAUCGAGAAAUAUGUAGUUCCUUUAAAAGUGGUCAAGAACGUUCAGCUUCUGAUCAUAAGAAAUAAGUUAAUCCUACUAUCUUCUGGCAUGAUGUAUUCAGUUUGGUGAAGCAUUGUCCCAAGCUUCAAAACCUCUCCAUAGAAAUGGGGAAUUUUGAGUUUCCAUCAGGCGUUGAUGAUUGUCCCUUCUCACAAGGUCGAGUUCCAAGAUGCCUCUCAUCCCAUCUUCAAACAUGUCUUUUGGAAAAUUACACUGGAAUUCAUUGGGAGUUUAAGUUUGCUAAAUAUAUUAUGGAGAAUGCAAGAUUUCUGAAGGAUAUGAUAAUCUGCUAUAACACUGAUGAAGAAGUGGAUAUGUUUGACAGGACAAUAGAACUGUCAUUCUGUUCAAGACUCUCUCCAACUUGUAACCUUUCAAUUAACAAGU